UUGCAUGACUCACGAAUGACCCACUUCUAUCCAGCACUGCGCGCCCGCCUUUUCUCUGAGGGGCUGUGGCGCCUUCCUUCACGCCAGUGUCCACGGAUGAGCUUACUGACAGGUGCAGCGUCUGCACCCCCCGCCCCGCUCGUGCCCCCUUUCCGCGUGUCUUGCCCCGCGCACCCUCGCCGCCGUUUGCCGCGCGCCCCUUGGCACCGCUUUCCCUCCCCGCUCACCUCGGGUUCUAGUCCCUCCAGACCCGAUGCCCAUGAUCCAGGAGCUCCGCGGACCCCGGGCCGUGUCAUCUGUGAGCUCUUCAGGCGUAUUGUCCCUGCUGGCCACGGCGGGAUGGGCCUGAGUCCAACCGCUGGUGGGGAGUACGGGAUCCGCCUCUCCAAGAUCCCAUGGCCGCGCCCCAAGUUCACCUCGAAGACCAGCAGUACCGAGUCAAGUGACACCCAGCCUGCCACUGGACCAUCAACCGUGUCCCACUCAGAGUCAGCGAGAUCUCAGGCGCUGUUGGUCCAGCUUCUGCCAAAGCGGUUCAAGCAAGGCUGCCGGUUAGAACAGGCCAGAAGCUUGCCUCGCGGAGAGAAGCCAGUAAUUGACUUGGAGAUCACACCCAGCAAGAACAGAACAGAGCUGACUGCAACACCUAAGUUGGAGAUAGAAGGCAACCUAAAAAAUCAAGCAGCAGAGAACAAACCAAGACCUAGACCUGGAGACCUGAUUGAGAUUUUUCGAAUUGGCUAUGAACACUGGGCCAUCUACGUGGAAGAUGAUUGUGUGGUUCAUUUGGCUCCCCCAAGUGAGGAGUUUGAGGUGGGCAGCAUCACAUCUAUCUUCAGCAACCGUGCUGUGGUGAAGUACAGCCGGCUGGAGGAUGUGCUGCACGGCUGCUCUUGGAAGAUCAACAACAAGCUGGAUGGGAUAUACCUGCCCCUCCCCGUGGAUAAGAUCAUGCAGCGCACAAGAAACAUGAUCAACAAGAUAGUGCAGUAUAGUCUCAUCGAAGGGAACUGUGAGCACUUUGUCAAUGACCUUAGAUACGGCGUGCCCAGGAGCCAGCAGGUGGAGCAUGCCCUGGUGGAGGGAGCAAAGGCUGCAGGUGCUGUCAUCUCAGCAGUAAUGGAUAGCAUAAGACCCAAACCUAUGUCUGCUUGAAGAUGCUGCAGAAUCCGAGUGCAGGAAGAGUCACCUACAGAGAUGCACUUACUUUUCUUCUUCCCUGCCUUCCUCACUCUGUGGCCCUGUUUAAGAAGACUAUGAAUAUUCAAAACACCUAAGUCCACUGAUCUCCACCGUUGGAACGAAGGAGUGGUUCUGAUGGAAGAUCUGAAAUUGUCCCUGUAGAUUUUACUCUGUGGAAAGCUGAAGUCACCCGAAGAAGCUAGAGAUGGUUUUUCCCAUGGCUCUAGAAAUGGCUGGAAAGCAUGGAGGACUCGGACAGCAUGCAUCAGCAAGAUGGAAACCUUAAAGUGUUUGAGAGAUCGUAGGCUGCUUGUUCAGGGGCCUGUCUCCUGCUGGAAGAAACAGACACAAGGAAACACUUUGGUGUUUGUCCUCCAUCCCUUUCUCAGCAACCCCAACUUGAUUCCUCGUUCAGCUUCUUGGAUACUGCAGCCUGGGCAUAUUUCUUCGUUGGCAUUUUCUCCGCCCUUUCCCACCAGCCUGUGUAGCGUGCCUGGCUGUCCUGGAUGCUUGCAGUCAGACAAGCCCUCAUUUCUGCACAUCAUGACUAGCAAGAAACCAGUACCUGUGGUCCCCUUUCUCUGUCCACCCAACACCUGGGAGACAAGCUGGGCUCCCAAGUCUUCUUUCAGUCUUGUAACUCACGUCUGUGUCAGGGCUUCCUUCAAGGUAGAACCUAAGCACCAGGCCUCUACAAGCACAUCCCCUUUAGCUUUAAACUAGCACUGUCCUGUUUUAGUGGACUUCUUAAUGAUUUUGAUGCCUAAUAAGCAAACAGGGAAUUCUUUGAUUAACAAACAGCUCCCCCAGCAUAAAGUGUUUAGUGACUCUCAUAGUGAACUCACCCACCUCUUGCUCACUGCUCUGGCUUUCUGGUGUGAACCCCAUGGACAAAAUAUAUCAUCAAUUAUGUUCCCUCACCCAUUUAAAAACAAAACAAAACAGGCUUUGGAGAGUGUGCAAAAUCCCAUGUGCUGGCUUCCUGCAUAUUUGUCAGCCUAUAAGCAAUGACUCAGGGUACUCGGGUGCCAGACCAUUGACAUUCAGAGACAGGAGAAGGAAGACACAUGGGGCCAUAGACUGCUUCCUGGACAGCAGUCCCUUCUAUUUCCAAGCUGCCAGUAAGGCCAUGAGCUCUGGAAUUCACAUCUCACACCUUCAAGAUGAGGGGGUGAGACUUUAUUAAAGAAUUUUU